UGUAAGAGCCAGCACUGGAGCACGAUCAGAGAUAGAGCUGUAAGGGUAAAACCAUACCCUACUUUAUUUGCUCUCCAAAAGACACAAAGCACUGUCCUGUUAAAGAUUCCUGUGCUAAAGUGAUUCGGGGCACAAUUAUACUUUGGACUUCAGCUAUAAAUAGAGCCCCAGCGGACUUCCCGAGAAGCGUUUUUGCAGGGACCCGGCUUCCCCGCUGCCGCAGCUGCCUGCCCCCGUCAGCCCAGCCCGGUGAAUGCUGCACGCCCGAGUCAUCGCCAGGAAUAAACCUCCGACAACAACAGCCUGCCUCGACCUGAAUCAUCCCGCCGCUGCUUCGGGAACAUGACCCAGCCCAUGACUUCACUCGGAUGCUCUAUAUAAGUCCAGGAAAACAACAGGCGCUCGCAGAGCUCACGGGCUGGAUUUAAUCAAAGUCGGGAACGACCUGGGAGGGAUUUCAGCGAGGGAGCACCGCAGUUAUGUCACAGCCAGCCCCUGUGAAAAAGAAGCGUCCUCCAGUGAAGGAAGAAGACCUCAAAGGAGCCAGAGGAAACCUUGCCAAAAACCAGGAAAUUAAGUCUAAAACCUACCAAGUGAUGAGGCAGUGUGAACAAAUGGGCUCUGCAGCACCUUCCGUAUUCAGCGGCGCUCGGACAGGGGGUGAAACAGUCUUUGAGAAACCGAAGGAUGAGCCAGCCAAGAGCGUCUUUGGCUGACAGUGGAGGGGACGUGACUCACCAAAAUGAUUGUUGUAACUUUUUUCAAAAUUUCUGUUCCUUGCACUAAAGUCACUGUAGACUCAAGCAGAUAAUUUCCACUGUAAAUCCUUAAGUAGGGAAUAUACUCAUGUCAAAGAGUAAAACUUCCAUGUUCAUUUUUAUUACAUGCUUCCUUUCUAUAUAUUGGAUAACAUUUGCUAUAAUUGUUUAAUAAAAAAGGUUGUUGGACUCA